AUGAGUAAACUUUUUCCUUCCGCUGCCAAAUUUCUUGCCGGCACUACAGUCACGAAAACGGCCGCCCCGGUAGUGACGACGUCAAACUCUAAAUUCAGCACUAAAACUGAAGCCACUUUCGAAAUUAAGCCCUAUAAACUCCACAAAUUGGAGAAGGGACCUGCAACAUCAGCUACUCUUUCUUCUGAAGAUGCCCUCAAAAUAUAUGAGAAACUUGCAGUGCUACGAAGAAUUGAAACGGCAUCAGGGAAUUUGUACAAAGAGAAGAUUAUUCGUGGUUUCUGCCACUUAUAUUCAGGUCAAGAAGCCGUUGCCGUUGGGAUGAGAGCAGCCAUGCGUGAUGUUGAUACUGUCAUCACUGCCUAUCGUUGCCAUGGGUGGACUCAUCUCAUGGGUGUUAGCGUAUUAGGUGUGUUAUCAGAACUGACAGGGCGCAGAACUGGCUGUUCCCGUGGCAAAGGAGGCUCUAUGCAUUUGUAUGGCAGGAAUUUUUAUGGCGGCAAUGGUAUUGUUGGUGCUCAGACACCACUUGGAGCUGGUAUUGCAUUAGCGCACAAAUACCGAGGUGAUGGUGGAGUAAAUUUCGCCCUCUAUGGAGACGGAGCAGCCAAUCAAGGUCAGCUGUAUGAGGCUUUCAACAUGGCCAAGCUGUGGGAUCUGCCUUGUGUGUUUGUCUGUGAAAACAAUGGAUAUGGUAUGGGCACAAGUGUGGACAGGUCAUCAGCAAGCACGGAUUAUUACUCUCGUGGAGACUAUGUUCCCGGAAUAUGGGUUGAUGGUAUGGAUGUUAUCGCUACCAGGGAGGCAACACGCUACGCGAUCGACUAUUGCACCAGUGGGAAAGGACCUUUGGUGAUGGAGAUGGAAACGUACCGGUAUUCCGGACACUCUAUGUCUGAUCCGGGCACCUCGUAUCGAACCCGCGACGAGGUUCAGGAGGUGCGCCAGACCAGGGACCCCAUCACCUCGUUCAAGGAGAAGAUCCUCAGCAGGGAGCUGGUAACGCCGGAUCAGCUGAAGGAAAUCGACGCUCAAGUGCGAAAGGAAGUGGACGAGGCAACGAAACAGGCCAAGACGGAGCCCGAAGUCGACGUCGAGGAGCUAUCUGCAGACAUAUACAAGAACAAUCUGGAGCCCUACAUCCGUGGCUUGCACCCCGGAGCACCUCUACAACACUACGAAGUGGCGCCACGCAAU